GCCAGGACGUCCCGAGAAGGCCGGCCGCCCGCGGCCACGUCCCGGCCCGGCCCGGGCGCGCCGAGGAGCGGAGCCAGGGGCCGGCGCUCGCUCGGGCUCCCUCCCGGCCGCGCCGGCCGCAGCGUCGAGGGCCUACGCCUCCCCCGGCCGGAGCUCCCCGCGGCGCCCGGCCGCUUCCUCCCGCCCCUGCGGCGGGGAGCGAGCUCGCCCACCAGGUCCUCCCGGCCCGGCCCGAACAUGCUGGACGGCCUGAAGAUGGAGGAGAACUUCCAAAGCGCCAUCGAGACUUCGGCGUCCUUUUCCUCGCUGCUGGGCAGAGCGGUGAGCCCCAAGUCUGUCUGCGAGGGCUGUCAACGGGUCAUCUCGGACAGGUUUCUGCUGCGGCUCAACGACAGCUUCUGGCAUGAGCAGUGCGUGCAGUGCGCCUCCUGCAAAGAGCCCCUGGAGACCACCUGCUUCUACCGGGACAAGAAGCUCUACUGCAAGUAUGACUACGAGAAGCUGUUUGCUGUCAAAUGUGGGGGCUGCUUCGAGGCCAUCGCGCCCAAUGAGUUCGUCAUGCGGGCCCAGAAGAGUGUGUACCACCUGAGCUGCUUCUGCUGCUGUGUCUGUGAGCGGCAGCUCCAGAAGGGCGAUGAGUUUGUCCUGAAGGAGGGGCAGCUGCUCUGCAAAGGGGACUAUGAGAAGGAGCGGGAGCUACUGAGCCUGGUGAGCCCAGCGGCGUCAGACUCAGGCAAAAGUGAUGAUGAAGAAAGUCUCUGCAAGUCAGUCCAUGGCGCAGGGAAAGGAGCCGCUGAAGACGGCAAGGACCAUAAGCGCCCCAAACGUCCUAGAACCAUCUUGACCACCCAACAGAGGAGAGCAUUCAAAGCCUCAUUUGAAGUUUCCUCCAAGCCGUGCAGGAAGGUGAGGGAGACCCUGGCCGCAGAGACAGGGCUGAGCGUCCGUGUCGUCCAGGUGUGGUUCCAGAACCAGAGAGCUAAGAUGAAGAAGCUGGCUAGGCGACAGCAGCAGCAACAGCAGGACCAGCAGAACACCCAGAGGCUGAGUUCCGCUCAAACAAAUGGCGGUGGGAACGCUGGGAUGGAAGGGAUCAUGAACCCCUACACGGCUCUGCCCACCCCACAGCAGCUCCUGGCCAUCGAGCAGAGCGUCUACGGCUCAGACCCCUUCCGACAGGGCCUCACCCCCCCUCAGAUGCCGGGAGACCACAUGCACCCAUACGGUGCGGAGCCCCUUUUCCACGACCUGGAUAGUGACGACACCUCCCUCAGUAACCUGGGUGACUGUUUCCUAGCAACCUCAGAAGCUGGGCCCCUGCAGUCCAGAGUGGGAAACCCCAUUGACCACCUGUACUCGAUGCAGAAUUCUUACUUUACCUCUUGAGUCUUCCCCUCGAGUUCUGUGGCUGGGCUCCCACACAGACCAACCCUACUAUGUGAGGGGUUGGUCGGCUGUAGAGAGGGGGAGGCCAGGGAAGAGGUGGGGUGGGGAGGGAGUUCUGUCGGGGAUGCUGUUGUAUGACGAUCUGAUGUAGCUCGGCAUUUCCAAAGACUGAAUAUACAAUGAUCGCGUAGCUUCAUGUUUCCAAUAAGAGUCUUAGCUUAGGUAUGAAGACGUGUUUCUCAUUAAGGACAGGGACUUUUAAUAUAGACAUUCUCAUGCAAACUAGGUACCUAGAGACUCCUAACAACUUCCCACCGUUUUGGGGAAGCUCUUGUCAAGAGGUGCGUACGUCUACCCAUCCAUAUACCCAUAGACAGACAGACGGACAGAUAGAUGUGUGUGUGAGUGUGUAACCUUCCAUACUUUAUCAUCAAAGUUUAUUCCUAAUUAUGACAGGCACCAACUGUACAGAAAAAGUAACUUUAUUUUCCGUGUGAACUAUAUUUAAGGAAAUGCUUGAUGCACUUAAGUUAUAAAAAUGAGAUAAUUUACUUUUAUAAACUUUAUUUUUAGUUCGAAGAGACUUGUCGGCAGGGCAGAGAGGCCAGAGGCCUGCUCCACCUGGGCCCGUAGCUUUGAGUGCUCGGCUGAGCUUUGAGUGCUUGACUGAGUUCUGUUUUCGAGAGCGUCACGGGGUCUGGAAAGCAGCUCUGUGCGGCUGACCGUAUUCUCUCACGGAUUCUUGCUCUCUUUGGGGCCGAAUCACAGGGCUCGGGUGGGACCGAAAACUCCUUGAUCACGUUCUUAGAAAACGUAAAGCCGAGACUCUUCAGCUUUCUUUUUAAAUUCUGACGCGUAGCUGUGGGAGGCAGUAGGAAGGUCAGUUCUGCUCUUGAACUUCAGCAUCUGUGGGUGUGGGAUGAGACUGACAGUAUGUACCUACCUCACUGGGGGACACUGAGGCUUAAUUCACCCCCAGGACACAUGAGCAGGGCUGAAACCAAUAUCCCAUAUUUGUUUAAAAUACCAGACCGGUCACUGGGCAAAGGGGGCUCCGUGGGGCCGCCCGUAGCCCGAACCCCAAGGGUGACUCUCCCUGCUGUGGUCCCUUCUGCAAAGCCUCGGCUGGAGACACCAGCUCAGGGCAGCUCAGGGGGAUGCCAGGGUCCUUCCAUGGGGAGGAGGCUACUGCUAGCAGAUGGAAGAGGGCAUUGUGGUGUUCUAGAGUGUUCUAGGGUGUUCUAGACACAGGGUGUCUAGAGUGUUCUAGGGUGUUCUAGAGUGUUCUAGGGUGUUCUGGUCGGGAUUGGGCCGAUUACGGCCUGCAGGCCUGUGUUUUAUGGCCUGCCAGCUAAGAGUGGCUCUUCCAUUUUUAAAGGAUUCUUUAAAAAAAGAAAGAAAAUAUGUGGCACAGUGUAUGUGGCCCAGAAAGCCUGAAAAUAUUUACUACCUAUUCUGUCCGCCUCUUUUCAUAAAAUCUCUGCUGGCCUCUGUUCUAGAGAGUCUAUUUCUUAAACAGCCUUCUGGAGCUCUUAGAGGCAGCGGGGAUCCAGCGAGCACGCAGGGUUCCUCCCUCUGUCUCGCUUUUCGGACUCGGAGCACAGAAGCCCCAGCAGCCAUUGUACACAGGGACACUUCACAGCCUGUUCUCCAGGUGCGGGGCUAGGGGCCCGCUACGUCUGUGCAGGGAUGCCUCCUGAGAAAGCAGACAAGAUGAUGGGGAAGACGGGGGGCGGGGGGGGGGGUGGGGAUCAGCCUGGGCUCCUCUGAGGGGGCCGUUCGGGCUUGGCCUCGCUCCUGAGGACGUUCUAGGUCUUCAGAGCCUCGGACACAGAGACUUGUCCCCUUCAUUGUCUGCAAGGCCAGAGGGAACACGCUCCCUUACGGUAGAGUCUGUGUUGUGUGAAUUUUUGUGUGUGCUCUUGUUUGUAAUUUAUGCAAACCACCAAGAACCCCAAACCAGUCUGGCGAGUAGAAGUCCUGCAGGUGCCUACCACUCUGCAGGCUUCUGUAGAGAUCCGUCGGAGAAUGUAGCAGAUCCUAUGUGAGUGAGACAAUUAGAGAUCCUUCCUCCACUCGUAAUGGCAUACCGAGAUGAAAUUAAAAACCUCUUACCAAUGAGCUGUCGUUGAUUCAGGGGCAGGGGCGGAGGGCAGGGAACCAGGGGGACACGGGUGUUUUGUCCACAGGGGCCUGGGGAAGAGCGUACGGUGGUACCGCGCAGCUUGACAUGCAGGGAAAGGGGCUCCGGCAAAGCUAAGGAGAAGGGAGCCUUCGCCCUCCCGCCGGGACGGACGCCGAGACCUCGGUCUUUACAAACAGCUGCGGAAGGAGGUCCCGGGCGCGUUCCGACGGCAUUGGCAAGUUCACCCGAGGCAGAAUGGUUUGCGUUGUGCGUGGGGAGAACGUUCGCUGGGAAAUCAGUGCGCUGUCAUGGGGCGGGAGAAUCUCCCACAGGACUGAAGGGAGAUGCCUGGCCGGGAUGGGGGAGCCGAGCAAGCCGACAGGAGCUUCCCCCAAAAGUUCUCGGUGGUUUUCGGUGUGAUCUAUGGGUGGGUUUUACGACCAUCGAGAAAGGAGGUGAGGCAACCCUGUGAAUGCGUGUGCACCAUCAUUCUCCCCGUGCUCUCUCGCUCGCCUGGCAAGACCCUCUCCACCACCCCCCCCCCCCCACAUCCGGCUCACUCAACCCCGUGUGAGAAGCUGGCUCUGCCUCUUGCCGAGGGUCUGGAAGGUGGGCAGGGGGAGCCCACCAGGGAAGGCGGUCUCACUGUGCCCUCCCCCGGCCGCCCCUGCUUCCACCUCCAGCUUCCCGAGAGAGCGAGCCCAGGCCUGAGACGGUCCCCAGCACGGUUUGCCUUCUUGACAUCUGCUUAUCCUCCAGCAUCGGUCUGUGCUCGGCCUUCUCAGGAAGCCUGCAGAGCUGGGCGGGGUGUCUGUGCGGGGAGCCCGGCAAGUGCACCUGCUGCAAUAAACACCCCUCCCCCCAUUUUAUAAUCAUUCCAACACAAUAGGAGUUUCCACAUGGCUCCCCUGGAGGGAGUCUGGGUCCAGAGGGCCUCUCUCUUCCACGUCUAAUGAAGGCUGGGCUCAUGCCUUCCAAGAUGACCCUGCCGAUUGGUUUUCUCUUCUUUUCUCUUUACGACUUCGGGCUAAAAGUGGGCCCGUCCAGGUCUGAAUCCCAGGGCCUCCACCUACUAGUUUCAUGGGACCGGGGCAGGUUCCUUGACUCUGCCAAGAUCCCGACUCCUCGUCUGCAGCACAGACAUGGUUCUUGUCCCUCACAG